AUGAAAAUCUUAGAUUAAAUCAAAUAAGAAGUUGAGCAUCAAAUGCAAGCCAAAUAUGGCAAAAGCAUCUCCAAAAGAUAUAAUAAAGCUACCAUCGCACUAAGUUGGAUCCUCAUCUACAUGGUUCUAGUUUUAAAUAAGACCAUCAAACAAGUACUCAUCCAUAAUACAUUUUUCAAAAGGCCUCCGAGCUAUUGGGUAUCAAUUACACUGCCGCCAAAAAUAUUUAUAGACAGUAUAAAAAAAUACACUUACACCAAAACCUACAGAGAAGAGCUGGAGUCUCCACCAGCUAAAACUAUAGCUGGAAAAAAUUCGAAGUCAAAGUUAUAUGCCAAAACACUCCAACACACACCUACACACUUGACUUAUAUCUUCAAAAGUGA